AUGGAAUUAGAAAGGGUGGCUCUUCAGAGAGAUGGCAUCUCCACGGACCUGCAAGGCUGGGAGAAAUUUCAAGACCUGCAGUUGUACUGUCCUCGCCAUAUCAUGGGGAAUACUACCACGGACCUUCUCGGGAAUGUACUGACUGAGUCCUCGCCAUAUCAUGGGGAAUACUACCACGGACCUUCUCGGGAAUCUUUUCUAUUUCAAAAAGUACAUGGGAUCUUGAAGAGUAGCGAGGAUUACUGUACAUUGAGUCAAAACUCUGUUUUUCUUUUUUCCUCCUCUCUCCAGUGGAACGCUGUAGCUCUGUGGGCAUGGGACAUCGUGGUUGAUAACUGUGCCAUUUGCAGAAACCACAUUAUGGAUCUAUGCAUAGAAUGUCAAGCCAACCAAGCAUCGGCUACCUCUGAGGAGUGCACAGUUGCAUGGGGUGUCUGCAAUCACGCUUUCCACUUCCACUGCAUCUCUCGCUGGCUCAAAACUCGCCAAGUAUGUCCGCUGGACAACAGGGAAUGGGAGUUCCAAAAGUAUGGACACUAGAGAGAUGGUCACACGCUUCUUGUUAUGUCAUCGAACUCAGUUGUUCUUGUCACUAUGAGUUUGUUUUAGUGACUUGGAAAGUCAGUAAUGUAUACAAUUCUUCUUUCAUGCUAAUUUCUUCCUAUUAUGUACCAUUAAAUAAAGUCUUGCUGGAGCUUCCUGUCG